AUGGUCUCGACGAUCGACUUCCCGCCCAUCGAGAGCUUGGGAAGGAAGUACCUGAUCAAGUGGAAGGAGAAGCGUGACGAGUACGACAAGGCCAUGCGUGAGCACUCAAAGGCGACCGGUGUCCCGGUCAAGGUCCACAACAAAAAGUGGAUCGACUCGAUCAAGCGCAGUCUCUUGGAGACGGUGUGCACGCUCAAAUGGAAUAUCGACGUCGACGGGCUCAAGGAGAACGAGUUCCAACGGCGGUUGAUGGAGAUCAUGAGCGAGCGACCGAAGGACUACACGCACUCAUCCGAGGACUACAUUGCCUUUUUCAAGGAGCUCAAGAUUGGACACGUGGUCGAGGACGACGUCUUUGAGGUUGUGGCCAACUUCAUCACGGACGUCAGCGAGAUCAUCAAGGCGCAUGCCCUGCAAGAAGACAUGACGCUCAAAGGGCCGCGGCGGAUCAUCCUCAGCACCAUUACGGACCGACUUGAACCCGUGCAGCUGCGCGAGAAGAUGCGGGACAUGCUUCGUAUCCACAAGUUCGACUCCUUGUGCGCUUACGCCAAGCCCCUGGAGAAGCACUUGACGACGCUGAUGGAAGCGAAGAAGUUCUCCUCUCCUUUUGAGGAAGGGGCGAAGCGCAAGGACCGCGAAGACGAUGAAACUGAGCGUGACGCGGUCAAGGCGCGCAAGCUGCUCGACGAAGGCAAGGAGCCGUUUCAGGGGGAGAAGGACGACUCCCCCGCUGCACCCGAGCCAGGUGAUCCUCCGGGUGGUGCCGCUAAGAAGGGCGGUGCCAAGGACAAGACCUGCUGGGCGUGCAAGGAGAAGGGCCACACGGUGCACGAGUGCCCGACCGUCAAGGACGAGGACGAGAAGGGCAAGAUCAUACGGGAGACGUUGAAGAAGAACAAGACGUUCCGUGCUAUGGCGGGUGCGUCGGCUACGCACCUGCUAACCCUUGGGAGCAAGCUCCAAGUGCCCUACUGCCCUGACACGGGUGCUGACCUCAACAUCAUCCCGCGGUCGAUGGUUGACAAGUUGUCGGCGGUGUGCCCCAACAUCCGUGUGAAGCCUUUGGCGACUCCAAUCCACUGUAUGGGCUGCAACGGCAAUGGCUUUACCGCCAAGGACAGCGUGGACAUCAAGUUGCAGAUCCAGACGGCUGCUGGCCCCGUCAACAUUCCCGGGGCGCAGACGUGCUAUGUGGUGGACGACGGCGAGGAGUUCUUGCUGUCCAAUGCAACUCUCAAGUCGAUUGGUAUCGACAUUGACCGCCUGCUCGAGCAGCUGGCGGCUCGUCAAUUUGAUGACGAUGGCCACGAUCUGGCGACGGACGACGACGACGAUGCAUGUGCACGUGUUCCCCCCCGCCCGACAUCUGGUACGAGUGGCGUCCCAGUGGUACCGGUGUCGACGACGGCAGAGACUCGGCGCGUCGUGGACGCUCGAGCCUCGGAGGCGGUGGUUGGUCGUCUACCGUUUGAAGCCGUCGCUGGGCUGAAGAUCAGCAUCGACGAGGCGACGGCUCAAGGGUUCCCUGCCGAAAUGCGCAACCGACUGUGGCGCAUUGUCACCAAGCAUGACGUUUGGCGGACGGCGUUUGAUCCGCGGGACCCGCCGGCCAUGGUGGCCCAGUUUGGGAUCAAGCUGGUGCCUCAGAAAGCCCAGUUUUUCUACACCGAGGUCAAGUGGUGUGGGCGCACGCUCAACGCUGAUGGCGUCAAGCACGACCCGGAUCGCAUUAAGGCUCGCUGCGACAUCCCGUAUCCGAUGAACGCGGGCGAGUCGCAGCAAGUCAUUUUUGCGCCUGACAAGGAGUGGAAGGCGUACCCUCGUGGGAAGAUGGCGCUGUGGGCGGGCAUCAUGGGCGCGUUCCGCUACGUCAUCGAGCACAUUGAUGGUAUCCACAACUUGUGGACUGACAUGAUGAGUCGGUGGGGACACCGCGGCCCGGCGACACGAAAUUCGGCCGAACAAGUGCCGUCGGGGCUCAUCUACAAGAACUACCCAAUUUCAAGCGCUUCGUCCGAUUGA